GGACGAAAUAUUGCAUUGAAACAAAAUGCAAGCCAGUCCAGCACGUAUAACUCCGACUCAUCUAGAGCAAGCAAUGCAGUGGAUGGUAACACAAGUGGUGACUUUAAGGAUAAUAGUUGUACACACACGGCUGAGGGUGACCGAACCCCACUAUGGAAUCUGACUUUCUCCAGACCACAGUUUAUUCAACGAUAUAUUCUUUAUAAC